AUGUCGACCUACGAAGUCGAACACAACACGACUGACCCCUCAAACCCCGCCCAACCGUCUCGCAGUCGCCGCCCAGACCUCUCCACCUUUUUCGCAACCCUCUCCGAAGUCUCCUCCGAUGAGAAUCGCUCCCGGCGCGGCGCCGUCCCUCCUCCGGGAGACAUAAGCGCCCUGUACUACUCCCUCGCCGAGGGGCUGACUGCUAUGCGUCUCCAAGGCAGUGGCUCCUACUAUAGUCCGGAUAUCAAUGGGAUUCGUGAACAACUGGCGAACCAAUUGAAUAACCCCAUAUUGCCAGAAGCAGAUAACAGGUCGACUGAACAUGGUGAUGAUCUCCUUCAGGAAAUGAUCCAAAUUCUGUUGCAGCGUGCGGAUAGACCGCCAAAGGAGGUGGAGGGGGUAUCGGAGGAGUUUUGUGAUGGACUCGAUCGUGUCCCGCGCUCCUCGCUGAAGCCCUCCCAGUCAUGUCCGAUCUGCAGCAACCCAUUUCUAGACGACAAAUAUCCGCUCGUUGUGCGGUUACCGUGUCACCCGACGCAUUUGUUUGAUUUGGAGUGUGUAAGGCCGUGGCUGCGGUUGCGGGGGACGUGUCCGCUUGACCGAACGGACUUUGCGGAGCAGUUGAGGGAGAAGGCGGAAGCAAGGAAGAAGGCUGUGGAGGAGGAUGACGAGGAGGAGUGGGAUGGGAUGUACGGUUGA